AUGUCUCAUCCUCUCUUCUGGCCUGGCAAAUAUUACUGGUUUCCCAUUGGGAACACGGCUGCAGUGUGCUACUCCAGGGAUCUUGCUCCCGAAGAGCCGGGGAAUAUCCUCUUGCUUGGAUGUGGAGAUCCGAGGAAUGUCUUGUACACCAUCUACAAUGAGCCUACGAACGGAACACGUAGGCUUGACUUCACCUGUUGUGACUCAGAGCCAGCGGUGCUAGCCCGCAAUGUCCUCCUCCUGACGCUCGUAAUCGAUCAACAGUCCUAUACGAACACUGUCUGGAAUAUCUUUUACCAUCUUUAUCUCGACGACGCAUCACAUCAAGCAUUGCUCGCACAAUGCCGCAAGCUCGUUGCUCUUGCAGACACGGCACAGCGAUGGAGAGACAGUCCAUACGGUCGCAUCAUCAGGUUUUGCAGCGAUUAUUCCAGGAACGAAUUGCAGCGUCAUUGGUCUCUUUAUGCAGACAUGCAUGAGCUACCCGAGGCGCGCAAACGAGCAAUCCGCGAGGCGUUCUCCCGUGUCGCUGAGUUUAAUCUAAGCACGAAAGGUGUCGCGGGCGCCGCCCGCUCUGCGGGACCCCUCACGCAUCUUAUUCAAGAACCAAGCAUAUCGCUCUUUAGCCACUACUGGAAGACGGGAACAACUAUCUUCGAUUCCCCAGCCAUCGCUCAGGCUACAUUGAUCAACCCUACGUUCGUCUAUUCUCUCGCGGGCGAGGGUGGACAUGCCUACCACAGAACCGAGCCGCUCGCUGGAUUCCAUCUUGCGGCUGUUGCCGGAAACUCGGAGAGAACAGUGACUAUGAUGGACAUUGUCGAAGGCGCGAAAGCAGAGUUCAGUGAUUGGUGCACCGCUUUCAUCUCUCAUCUUGCCUCGUCAAGUUCCCGCGUUCCCAUUAUCCGGCUCGUCGUCGGCGAUGCCAUGGCCGUAUGCAGUUAUCUCGAAAGGCACGGCAACUUGGAGACGAUCCGUAGUACGACUCCAGUUGCUCAGUGGAAGACUCAGCCUAUGGCCUUCAAUAAAGAAUAUGCAUCGGAAGGCUUCCCUGAUCGCUUCAAUGUGAUCGACACAUCCAAUUUAGUGGACCAUAUUGACCUUCUCAACGUGCUGAUCAUUGCUCUGCCGCUUCUCGAACCCCCACCGCGACCAUCUGUCCUCUACACGGAGUCCCUCCUGUUCGAAGGCCUAAACCCGACAAAGGACUUCGCGCGUCGCUUGCGCGCUAAUCUCACUGUCAUGUCGUUACUACUAGGCGUUACGCCGAUCGAUUACGUGUCUGGUUUCAGCUCUCGCUCCAAUACGCACGACCUGAUGUUGCACGCUGCAGUGGGAACGGACGCAGCACAGUUCCAUCAGGUGACGACAUGGAAGACUCCUUUGACAGGGGAUCCCUACGCGUAUCGCUGCGGGGGAGCAGCGCUCCCCCCCGUUUUUGACCACAUCCAACUCGGUACAUUCCUGUACGAUCUCUACCACGCCCUCUUCGAGAAAGAGGAUGUUUUCUACCUCUUGGGGCUCAAGGAGAAGCGGCGGGCCAAGGCACUCGCUCACUCCGAUAUCAUACACAUCAACCGUGAGACUUAUGUCUUAUUUCUGAAGCUCGUCAAAGGCCGUCUCUGCAUCUCUCGCGAAGUGUGGAACAGGGUUAUGCUUAGGUUCUGGGAUCUCUUCGAAGCCGAUCAGACACUGGUGAUGGAUAAAGUCUACGGGCAAGAAUUCGUCACGCAGUUACAUCUUCAUCACGUCGUGACGCUGCCAUUCCUCUCUUUUCCACCGCAGAAACUAGGUCGCUUUGCGGGAUGGGCUUCAGUUCCAACACUUGUCCGCGUCAUCCUUAUAGUUCCCCGUGAAAGGCUAUCGAAACUAUCGGACAUCGCGCAAGAUAAUCUAACCCCACCGCUUCAGUGUGAUAUCCUCGGGCCGGAGAAAAUUAACUCCUUCGCAUCCGUUCAUGCUGCCUUUGGUCAUGCUUACACGGCUGGGACAAGGGAGAGCCCACGUGUUUCAUUCGAACAAGACCCGGAAGAGUGGAACGGUACAUCCCCGCUCAUAGUCUCGUUCAUCCUUGCCGCGAGAUACUUAGAAUUCCAGCCUCAUCAUCUGCAGAGGGUGGCCUUAUCCAUACCCAAUUUCAGCGGCUCCGCCCGUGUGACGAUUGCCGGACAUGGGGAGAGCCUCUGCAUCCAUAGUGCAGACCUCACCGACGAAUCUUCUGUGCUUCUCGUGCCUGAGCGACAUUCCCCGCCUGAUCAGCCCUCAAGUCCUAUCUCCUCGUCUUCUUCCCCCUCUGUCGUACACGGGGAUCGCACUGAAAUUGGGACGUCAGGGCGUGCAGUCGUAGCACUCGAUGAACAGUGCGAACUCGUUACAACGAUGACAUGCACAGUGUCCAUCGAGAACGAGGUGGUUCAGUGGAAGCUCGGUGAAGGUGCUCAGCCAAGCAUUGUACAGAUAUCUCCUUGCACUAUGAAGCUUACGCUCUGCGGACGUGUCCAAUAUGUCACGUAUCCGUUUCCCGUGAUUGGAAGCCAGAACCGGCUUCGCCCAGCUCGCAAAUCACGGUACAUUGAGGUCGUGGUUCCUGUAUAUGGGCCAUUCAAACCCGAGGGAAUGAAGUUAAAUCCAUUUCCCGUCAUCGACAUCGAUCGACAGCUUGCCCUCUGGAGCAUGCAUCGCGUAAAUCUGCGCUGCAUGCCCUCUCUCGUGCUCGGGACCCCAGGAUCAAUCCAACGGCUUGAUGCUCACGUUGGAAACAUGAUGUCCAAUCGUGAGCACUCUUUGCUCCGAGAGGGCCAUAAGGGAGAUAAGGGAGAUCCCAUGCUAAAUCUCAAGCAAUCACUGUCAAUCAUUUUUUGCCCGGCGGACAGGGAUCUUGAGGGCAGACCGCGGCGUCUUCUAGCACUGCUUGAUGAUGCUACCAACAACUUCGACACACUUAUCUUCGUCGAUACCUUCCAUUACGACCUACAAUACCACACCAUCGUGUGCUCAGGCUAUGUUCUUCCGACUACAGAAGAAUUCAUGAGCAGAAUGCGUGUGCCGUUCGGAAGGUUGGUCGAGCUAGGUCGGAUCUCGCACCUACGGCUCUAUUCGGGCGGGCUGAAAUUGUGGAAGCAACUGCUUCCUGCGUUGGCCGAGCGGUGCCGGUAUUCUUGGCAGCACACCGAUAAAUGCGAAUACAGGAAGAAAGGAACAAUCCCGCUAUCCGAAGAGAGCGACGAGGACCCGCUUUGCAGCUGCGGCAGGGGAAAGGAUGUCGCAUGCAUGAACCGGAACGAAGUAUGGAGACCGUUCGCGCCACAUGUCACCCGUAUCGCGCUUUCGCCCCUCUUCGCUGUCUCAUACCUUGAAACUGUAGGUCGCCAACCGAGUGCUCACAGGUGCUUUGUAUGCAGAGGUAAUGGAAAGCCGAAGAUUAUGGCCUGUGGUCGCUGUAAUAAGGUCCGGUAUUGUUCCAAGGCAUGCCAGAAGAAUCACUGGAGGGAACACAAGACACAAUGUGUUACCAGCGAUGCAUGAGGGUAUCCUGGACUCUGGGCAAGGGGCGUUCGACGUCCUCUCCGAAUAUUUCUGUAAUUUCACCUAGGUAUUCAGGAACGAGUAGCCUAUGUACGACUUCUUGUCGCGAACCCGCAACGACAUCGUUAUAAA